GAGCCGAGGGCGCUCUGCGGCGCGGUCCGCGGUAGAGGCGGCGCGAACAGCAAGGGGGCGGCGGAUGGCUCUGCGGGGCCCAGUGGGCUUGGGGCCCGGCUCUCGAAGGCUGUUGGACGAGGCGGUGGCGGCUUCAGAAGUGCGCGAGGCGCCGGCCCUUGUGGCGCCGGGAGCCGUGCCGGAGGACGAUGAAGAGGACGAUAGCCGCGGCCGGGGCCUGCUGCGCUGGGACGGCUUUUCGGCCUGGCUGCACUGCGUGUGUGUGGUGGGCUUCGACCUGGAGCUGGGCCAGGCCGUGGAGGUAAUUUAUCCUCAACAUUCCAAACUUACUGACAAAGAAAAAACCAAUAUUUGCUAUUUGUCUUUUCCAGAUUCAAAUUCAGGUUGUCUUGGAGAUACCCAGUUUUGUUUUAGAUUUCGACAAUCUUCUGGGAGGAGGGUGUCACUGCAUUGUCUUCUGGAUCAAUUUGACAAAGAUUUGCCAGUUUACUUAAAGAAGGAUCCUGCUUAUUUUUAUGGAUAUGUCUAUUUCCGACAAGUUCGAGAUAAAACUCUAAAAAGAGGCUACUUUCAGAAGUCGUUGGUUUUGAUCAGCAAACUACCUUAUAUUCAUUUUUUUCACACUGUGCUCAAACAAAUAGCACCAGAGUAUUUCGAAAAGAGUGAACCUUAUUUGGAAGCAGUUUGUAAUGACGUUGAUCGAUGGCCUGCUCCAGUGCCAGGGAAAACAUUACACCUGCCUAUUAUGGGGGUGGUAAUGAAGGUACGGAUUCCCACAUAUCAUGACAAGCCUGGAACAACACAAAUAGUGCAGUUAACUCCGCAGGCAGACACACAUAUAUCUGUUAUUUUACCUACUGUUCAUGAGGUGGAUCUUUUCAGGUGUUUCUGCCCAGUUUUCCUUCAUAGUCAGAUGCUUUGGGAGCUGGUACUGUUGGGGGAACCCCUUGUAGUUAUGGCACCCUCACCAUCGGAGUCUUCAGAGACUGUAUUGGCACUUGUUAACUGUAUUUCUCCAUUAAAGUACUUCAGUGAUUUCCGACCUUAUUUCACUAUUCAUGAUAGUGAAUUCAAAGAAUAUACUACCCGUACUCAAGCUCCGCCUUCAGUCAUAUUAGGAGUAACCAAUCCUUUUUUUGCUAAAACACUCCAGCACUGGCCACACAUUAUUCGAAUAGGAGACCUUAAACCUGCAGGUGAAAUUCCCAAGCAGGUUAAAGUGAAAAAAUUGAAGAACCUAAAGACUCUGGAUUCUAAACCUGGAGUUUAUACCUCUUAUAAGCCAUAUCUGAAUAGAGAUGAAGAGAUCAUAAAACAAUUACAGAGGGGUGUACAACAGAAACGUCCUUCUGAGGCUCAAAGUGUUAUUCUCCGUAGGUACUUUUUGGAACUGACACAAAGUUUCAUCAUUCCAUUAGAAAGAUAUGUGGCAAGCUUGAUGCCUUUGCAGAAAAGUAUUUCUCCAUGGAAGAGUCCACCCCAAUUAAGACAAUUUCUUCCAGAAGAAUUUAUGAAAACACUUGAGAAAACAGGACCUCAGCUAACCUCUAGAAUAAAAGGCGAUUGGAUUGGACUUUACCGGCAUUUCCUAAAGUCUCCAAAUUUUGAUGGCUGGUUUAAGGCUCGUCGGAAGGAAAUGACCCAAAAAUUGGAGGCACUUCAUCUGGAAGCUCUUUGUGAAGAGGACUUACUUCUUUGGAUCCAGAAACAUACAGAAGUAGAAACAGUAGACCUUGUAUUGAAGCUGAAAAAUAAGCUGUUACAGGCGGAUCGAGAAUGUUUACCUGUGAAACCUGACACUGUGGAAAAAUUACGGACACAUAUAGAUGCAAUUAUCUUGGCAUUGCCAGAAGACCUUCAAGGCAUACUGCUCAAAACGGGCAUGACAUGAUAUUUGCCAGGAUUUCCCAGCCAAAAAGGACUGUGCACCGUGAAGCAUAUUGACAUUUCAACCAGACGCACAGAGGUGGUCUCUCCGUGACAGAGGGGUAGAAAAUAGCUGUGAAUGCUAGCUACAGGGUGGAAAGACUGUAUUGUAUAAACAAACCUUUUUAGUGCAUUAUUUUUAAAAAUGGCUAUCUGUGGUGGUUCCACUUUAAUACUGAAACACUGAAAGGCAUUUUUGUAUUUUUAAUCAUGUUCUAAAGUGCUCUUACGAGAGACAUGUGGGGCCAUCAGUAUUAGCGAUUUCAUACUGCAGUGCUGGCAUUGCAGAUAUUUUUUUAAAAUGGUGCUGCUUUGCCCAAUCAUGUUAAAACUCAGGGGGAUAUAAAAAUAACAUUCACACUGGCUAUUGUUCUUAAGGAGGAAAAGACUGAAGUGUCCAACUAUAGUUAGAAGUAAUUGAUGCUUAUGUAGUGCCUUCUGUUGUCCUAUGUGUUUCACAAAGUCCAGCCGCUAGUCUUAAAGCUUUUCUUAGCUUGAUUAUGAUAUGUAGUUUUAAAAGGCAUUCUGUCAAGUGAUCAUUGCUUAAAAAUGCUUCUUGAUGUUCAUUGUGUAUAUAAUUAUUAGUAGGCAUGGUAGGUUUUUUUCUUCAGUUGUC